AUGCCUGAUCAAAUAAUUCUUUCGACUCUUCGCUUUCAUCAUACCUUUCCCUCUCCUGCUCUCAAAUCCAAAUGGCGAGAUCGAAUAACCCCAACAGAACUAAUUAGCCUCAAUUUGACACCAAAAGAAAUCACAAGGCAAGAAUUAAUAAAUGAACUGAUUAUUACAGAAGCCGACUAUCUCGCUGAUCUGAAGUUCGUACAUCGAUCGUUCUGCAAGCAGGCUCUUCAGAAAGGAAUAAGACCGUGUGAACAAUUGGUACGCCUAUUCAGCAAUAUCGAAGAUAUGAUAAGAUUACAUGACAAUAUUCUUAUGUGUCUGCAGUCGCGGCAGAUGAAACAGCAACCAUGUGUCACAGCCGUAUCGGAUGUACUUUUACCAUUUGUUGAUCGGUUCGAUAUCUAUGAAUCAUACUUGGUGAACUAUACAGCAGCAACGCAGCAGCUUGAAAAGGCAGUUAACGAAGAGAAUGACUAUGGACAUUUUGUAAAACAACAAGAACAAUUGCCCACUUGCAGAAAGCUGCCGUUGCAAGCUUUUCUUAUAGCACCUGUCCAAAGAUUGGCGAAAUAUCCUUUACUAUUUAAGAGUUUACUCGAUGCGACUCCGCAACUCCAUUCGGAUUUUUGUCCGACCCACAAACUUUAUAAGAGCAUGGACGCAUUCAUUCGCAAAAUAGAGGAUGCUAAACGUAAAGAGGAGAGUCACGGACGUGUUAUUGAGCUCCAGAGUCUAAUCAAGAUACCUCUUAGUUUUAACCUGCUAAAACCAGGAAGAGAGCUUAUACAUGAGGGUUAUUUAUGCGGAGUGAUAAUUCCUGAAUCACCAGGAGUCUACAAUCCCGAACAAAAUGCCGAGCCACAGAAAAUUCGGCUUUAUGUAUUCCUAUUCUCAGAUAUUGUUCUAUGGACGCGUGAAAAGAAUGGACAGUACAAAUUAAUAAUUCCGCCGGCAAGAAUCACGAAUAUUUCUGAAAAUUCGGAUGGUAUGUUUGAAGUCACAUCUGUGCAUACGGGAAAGACGACGUUUCUACUCUCUGCAUCAAAUGGAAAGGACAAGAUUGUGUGGAUAAAAUCGUUACGCAGUGUCUUAAGACGACAUACAAAUCGUGGAAAUGACGAAAGGUUGGAUGAAUGGUGGUUUUAUUGUGGUGUAAGAGAAGCGAAGAGAAGGAUGGGUGAGGUACAUGUAGAAAAGGCGGGGGAAUGA